AGUCGCAUCGUGACCGUCAUUCGCAUACGGUGUGUGCAUAUCGCGUGUAACACACACGGAAAAACCGACAGGAAGGUUUUUGACUCUCUCACUAAAAAAUUCACCACCCCCGCUGUGGUGCGGCGUUAUAGAAGGGAUUUUCCCGCAGAAUUCACAGUGCUCCCGUGUGAUUUCACCACGCCCUCGUUUAGAUGUGAAUUGCCAGGAAAAAUCAGCCAGAGUCAAGGGCCUAUGAAGUGAGCUUUUUUUUUUUUUGAAGCGGAGGCCCCUCUCACACAAAUACUCCCGUAGAGCCACAUUCUGCGGAGAUUUAAAUUGUAUUUCCCAGUGUGAAUUAUGGACUUUGCGAUACUAUUGACCACAUCGUGUAUGUAGCGUGUCAAAAUUGAGGAUAUCAGUGUGAUUUAUAUGUAGCAAUUGUGUGGCUUUUUGGGGAGUGCCAACGACUUUUUCCCAUCAACCCCAUAGGACCCUGGGAUCAAACCCGUACCAACUCUUCGGAUUACAAUUUUCUCUCGUGUGUGCUGUAGCCCGUCUGCAAGGAGCGGAAGAAACCGGAGAAGGAAGAGUGUGUGUGUGCUACCAAAGGGGGAGGUGAAAGCUAAAAAGACGUUAAAUCUCGAUGAGAGGAUUUUCAUUGUAAGAGGGGGCGGGUGAAUUUAAAUGCUUCCUUCUUGGCGAUAAAUCAAUUGAAAUCGGUGAAUCUAUCAAUAAUGUGGCGGACAACGAACCUCAAUCGGAUAUCGUUUAUCUUCACGCUGACACUGAUCUCCUUACUUGGAUGCCGUCAAAUUGAGGCACUCCACCUGACAGACAUCUCUGUACCGAGGGUAGCCGAUGUGCGGGACACGGUAACACUUUCAUGCACGUACAACAUGGGAAAACACAAGCUCAACUCUGUCAAGUGGUACAAGGAUGGAAGUGAAUUCUUUCGCUAUGCACCAAUGAUGAUUCCUCCAAUCAUGACAUUCCCCGUGGUUGGUGUCACCCUGCCGAAAGAUCAGACGUUUCUAUGCACAAAAAAUACAUGUAGUGUAAUAUUGGAUCAGCUGGAGCCGAGGACAAGUGGGUCGUAUCGAUGUGAAAUCUCAGGAGAUGCUCCGGAAUUCAAAUUAAUCAGUGAGACUGGAAAUAUGACGAUUGCAGCUCUACCCCGGCACGAUCCAAUCAUCACUGGUGUUAACCACAGCUACGAAGAUGGUGACUUUUUGCUGGCCAAUUGCACAUCCGACAUGUCAAGUCCACCGGCUAUGCUGUCGUGGUACAUCAACGAUGAGAAAGCACCACCGGAAUACCUCCAACCGCUCCGUGAGACAACGAUGGAGUCGGAUGGUUUUCAAUUACGCUUCCGGAGUUUGGAGCUACGGUUUCAUGUAGAUAAGGCACGGCACGCAAUUGUGCGAAAUAGCAUGCGACUCAAGUGUCUGGCCCGUGUUGAGCAGAUCCCAGCAGCUACGCGGGAGUCAAGUAUCGUUGUGUACAUCACGUCACAGGAUGACUUAACCAAUCAAAAGUUAAUUAACUAUUGGACUAAUUCGGGUCACCGCAAAUUUACGGCUACACCACAUCUCUACGUCUCACUAGCGCUACUUGUGUGUCUCAUGUUGGCAACGAGAUAGUGUAUUAAAUAUUAAAAAGCCCAGAUACUGUGCUGAAUACAGUGAGAUUGGGGCUGGGGUGCACCCUCCCCCCAAGAAAUGUUGAGGGGUCUUGUACCACCACCACACACCCCUGCAACAAAAUGUGCUCAAGUUGAGGCCCAUCUGAAAAGUCAGCAGGAGCCAUGUACUAUCUGGGGCGAUGAAGUCAUGUAUUUGUAAUAAAGAUUUAAUGAGAAAACGUUGGUUAGCUGAUUUAAUAUUACACAGACACAUAUAUUUACUAAAGAAAAAAAAACGUACUGUGUAUUAAAUUUUGUAAAUCUCUUAUUUAGUUCUUAAUAUAAGUGGCCUUAUUAUUUUCACGUUUGCUCACGGCGUGAUGUGUUCUUAACAGAGAUUAUGGGUCCUAAAAUUAGGUGAGAAAAUUUUGAAGAAUUUCCCUUUUAGGAAAUUUCAAGGAAAAAUCAUUUAGUUGACCGAAAAUUGCGAAAGGAAAUAAAUCCGGAGGCCCCUAGUACAACCCGGCGUCUCCACUGUUUUUAUUUACUUGUCAAUUAAACCACCAGGCGUCUCCAUCUUUAAGUAAAUUUAUUUUCAAGCAAGACAUGGAUGCUGUUAUAUUUAAUUUUACUUUAUUUAACGUAUUUGGGAACCAGGCGUCGUGAAAAAGCUUUAUAGGUAAUCUUGAAUUACAGUAAAUUCCUUCAAUUAUUUUUCAGAAGCUUUCGGCUUUUUCAGAAAUUUUUAAAAAAAAAAAUGAAAGGAUAAAAUAUAAAUUAGUGAAGAAUAAUUCUGUUUUUUUUCAGCCUCCUCAAAUGAAAGCUCAGAAAAGGAUAAAAGCUAAAAUUCUUGAAAAAUCUAAAUAAACUGACAAUCUUAGAAGAACUCUUUUUUUUCAAUCUUUAAUAUGCUAUCUUUAAUUGUUGUUUUAAAAAAAAAUUAAAAAUUCAAACCAAAAAAAAACUUGUGUCUUUUUUUAAAAAGGAAUUUGAAUAUAAAAAAAACUUUUAUCUCUUAUUUCGCUCAAAGUUUUUCAAUUAAUCAAAUUAAAUAUUCAGAGUAAAAUAUUUCAAAGUUAAAAAUUUCUUCCUUUGUAUUUUAUUUCAUCAAAAUAAUUAUUUUAUUCAAAAUGUUUGCUAAAAGGUCUGCAAAAUAUAUCAUUUUAUCAAAAGCUCGAAGAGGAAAACGUAAAUUUUCGAAUUUAUCAACACACACAGAUUAAUUCAUUGCAUUCUAGUGGGGGAAGGGGGUGGGUGAACUAAUUUAUUACGAUGAAUUGGAGUAAAUUUAUAAUGUGAAUUAAUAAUGAAAUUGAAAUUGCAUGUAGAAACUCCAUUUUGAUUCAUCAAAUUUCAAUCAAACGACUUUCGAUGAAAUUAGUCAACAAGUUAAAUUAAUUUUUGGGUAUUUUGGGUUUGACGCAACGGCUCGGUCAUUGGCACUGACACAAAAUUAUCCCCAUAUUUGGGGGGUGCAUUUCAACUUCAGUGCUGCUUUAUUGAAAUUCACUUCUAAAUUCAACUCAUCCACAUCACUGGGUCCAUGUGGAAUGUGUGUGUACGCGCGCUCUGUUCGCGCGAAUAAAUUCAAUUUAAAUAUUUCAUCAUGAUACAUUAUCAAUUUGCAUCCACUUUUUCAAACGAAAGGCAUUUAAUCAAAAUUUGAUUCCACGUAAUCCACACACACACAGCCCAAAAAGAACGUAGAGGUUCACUCUCUCAUUGUAUGUGGGUUGGAUUCAAAUAUUGAUUUACAGGAAAAAGGACUAACAUACGGAAAACUCACGAGAUGUUAAUUCAAUAUUCAGGGAGAUUUUUCAUUUUCAUUUUUUUUUUGGGUAAAGUAAAUGCUCUGAGAGGAAAAUUCUGAAAAAUUUUCUCACUCUCUGUAUCUCUGUGUGGACCCAAAGGCGCUUUUCGCGGAAUUUUCCAUCUGCUGGAGUGACGUAUAUAUAAUUAAAUUUUCCCCGAUAAGAAAAGAAUGAUGAGACAAGGUCAGCGUGGGAAUAUUUGAAAGAAGAAAAAAAAUGUAAAAUUACAAAAAAAAAACAUUACAGAGUUGUAAUAUUUAAAUGUAUAACAUAACGCAUAUCAUCGUCAAAUCCUUAUUGAGAGAAAAAGAAAAUUAAAUUAUUAAUUUCCUAAUGAAUGGCAGAAAUCUUAGAAGAGAAUGAAAAAUUAUAUAGUAAAAAGAAAAUAUAACGACACAACCACAUGAAUUGUUCUUUAUCCGGCCGAAUGUUGAAUUUAGUGGAAAAAAAAACUUUGAAUUUACGCAUUUAUUGUAAAAUUAAGUAAAAACUAAAUGUAUUUGCAAAAAAAAACACCACAACUCUAUUUUCAUGUAUAAAAAGAACUUUAAAAAGUAUCUUUAAUAAAAAUUAAAUUAAAAAAAAAUUGCCCCAUAGAGGGGAAUAAGAAAAAAAAACUACUUAAUAUAUUUAAUUUUUAGUGCAUAGUCCCUGAUUGAGAAAAAAAAACAAGUGGAAAAGAAAAAAUGUUGUAAAUAUUCACAGAGGAUGAAUUAUGUCAGCAGUACGAAAAAGCUCCUAUAAAUGCAAAGAGAAAGAGAAUAUAAAUCAAAGAGUAUUAUAUAUACAUGUAAAAGGUAGCGAAAUAUGUAUAAUGGCAAUUCAGAUAAAAAAGAGAACAUUAUAGAAAAAUUAAUGUAUAAAGCAUAAAAAUGAAAGAGAAAUUAACUUUAAAAGCCCUAUUUGAACUUUUUUUUUGUGUUGAAACACCCAAAAGAGCGAUAGUAAAACAGAGAGAAAAAAAAACCCAUAAUCGUUGUACAUAUAGGUGAAAGUGAAAAAUCAAAAUUGAAUUCCAAAAUGUAAUUAAAGAAAAAAAAACAUUAAAUAGUGCAUAAACACACAAAAUUGUAUUGAAAUUAAAUAUUUAAAACUAAACAACAAAGAAUGAAUUUAAAACCUUAAAAAUGAAAAACAUGAAAAGUCAAAAUAUACACGAAAAUUUUGCACUAAUUACAUGAUGAAACAUUUACAUAGUUGUAUUACAUAUUACGGCAUUUUAAGGGGGCGGGGUGGAGAGGUCGGCAUGACGAUGAACGUGCUGAAGGCCCCAACAAGGGAUCCCUCAUUCAUCCACAAAAACCCAUAUAUAAGCAGAAAGUGAGAGAGACCCAAAUCAAAAUUGUAAUAUCCCUUGUGGUGCAGAAGAUGAGGAUGUUCAGUCAAUAAAUUAUUCAAAACACACACAUAAAAAAUAAAAAUUCACACAGACACAACACCAUGAAAAUUAAGAAAUAAUAUAUAUGCGGAGAUAAAACAUCAAACUUACCAUGACUAGUUAAAUUUACCACUGAAUGUACUAAUGUAUAAUCAUAAAUUUUAACAAAAAAAAAGAGAAAAUGAAUUGAAGAAGAAGAAAAAAAACCUAAAUGAUAAUCUCCAUGACACAACUAAUAGAAUUGAUAUUUUUAUGUUACAUAAAUUGAACCUUUAAAUAAAUCAUUUUAAAAAAUCUCA